GAUGGAGGAUAGGUAGGAUGAGGGGAUGAGGGAGAGGGGAGGAGGGAGAGGAGAGGAGGGAGAGGAUGAGGGGAUGGAGGAUGGGUAGGAUGAGGGAGGAGAUGGAGGAUGGUAGGAUGAGGGGAGGAGGGGAUGAGGGAGAGGGGAGGAGGAAGGGGAGGGGGGAAUGGGAUUGGGGGAGCAAAGGGAUGGGGGUGUGGGGAGGGGAGGUGGAAGGGGAGGGGGAAUGGGAUUGGAGGAGCAAAGGGAUGGGGGUGUGGGGAGGGGAGGGGGGAAUGGGAUUGGAGGAGCAAAGGGAUGGGGGUUUGGGAGAGGGGAGGUGGAAGGGGAGGGGGGAAUGGGAUUGGGGGAGCAAAGGGAUGGGGGUUUGGGAGAGGGGAGGUGGAAGGGGAGGAGGGAAUGGGAUUGGUGGAGCAAAGGGAUGGGGGUGUGGGGAGGGGAGGAGGGAAUGGGAUUGGGGGAGCAAAGGGAUGGGGGUGUGGGACAGGGGAGGUGGAAGGGGAGGGGGGAAUGGGAUUGGAGGAGCAAAGGGAUGGGGGUGUGGGGAGGGGAGGUGGAAGGGGAGGAGGGAAUGGGAUUGGAGGAGCAAAGGGAUGGGGGUGUGGGACAGGGGGGUGUGGGGAGGGGAGGAGGGAAUGGGAUUGGAGGAGCAAAGGGAUGGGGGUGUGGAGAGGGGGAGGUGGAAGGGGAGGAGGGAAUGGGAUUGGAGGAGCAAAGGGAUGGGGGUGUGGGACAGGGGAGGGGGAAGGGGAGGAGGGAAUGGGAUUGGAGGAGCAAAGGGGAUGGGGGUGUGGAGAGGGGAGGUGGAAGGGGAGGGAGGUAGGAUUGAAUGCGGAGGAAUGGGAGAAAAAGAUGGGGUUGAUGGUUGGUGGACCAGAGAGAUGGAGAGAUGGAAGUGUGGUAGAUGGAAGGGGAGGGACAUGGAGAUGUGGGAAAGGGAAGGUAAGGAAAAGGGCAAGAGAGAGGAAGGGAAGGUGAGGAGGGAAAUGUGAAGAGAAAGGGAAGGGUAUGGGGAGCG